UUAAAUGUCAAAUAAACGAUAAAUACGAGACUUCAUGAACGACGACGCGGCAACGUUACAGCUGAUUGUCCCCAGCAGGCAGUCAGCUGAUCGUGUUGUUCCUGUCAUCCUGCGUCUGUCAGGAGUGAUGCAGUGAAUAAGCUCCGCCAUGGUUCAGAUCCAGCUGUUACCGGCCCCCAAGGAUGGCGGGGAGGAGGCAGCAGCAGCAUCGCUGCCUCCAGCAACAGCCAUCUUGUUGGGGGAGAAGCUUGACACUAACUUGGACAAGAAGCGGCACCUCCAGUGUGUAAUGACGGGCCUUGCUCUCCUCCUUGGGCUCUGGCUGACAACAACUGUGGUCAUCAUCUUCAUCGUGGCCCCGUACUGCCACGGCCAGAACCUCUUUAGGCGUGGCACCCUUCCACCUCCCAGCAAGGGCCAUAGUCUGUACACCUCCUCUGAAACAGAUCUUCAGAGGGCCAGUGCCUACUCAGAGUGGGUCAGGUAUCUGGAAAAGGGGAUUAAGUGUGGACUUGACUGUGCCUUCUAUGCGCUUGAUUCCAAGAACCCGACUCUGUUAGGUAAAGAGUCUGGGGACAACAGCAUGAUCCAGGUGUCGGCCCAGCCCCUCCAUGAUGCCCCCAAGCCAGCCUCGGCCCUGUGCACCGACACACCACUGAGUGAACGCUUCGACUGCCUUCCCAGCGCAGUGCCGACGCAGGAGAAAUGUGUGGCAAAAGGCUGCUGCUGGAAGGAAGUCCUGGAGACACCCAAGCGUGAUAGACCUUUCCCAGCGCCAAGACUUCACAAACCCAGCCAUGGAGACCCUCAAGGAGACCUGCCCCUCAAUGUUCCCUUCUGCUACUACCCCAGGGACUACAGGAGCUACCACUUCUCCAACCUGACCCCUUCGGACACAGGCUACGAUGGAUACAUGUCCCAGAGGACGCCGAGCGGCUAUCCGGGUGAAGUGAACUUGCUGCAUUUUGAAGUGAAGAUGGAGACAAACACACGGAUUAGAAUUAAGAUCACUGACCCAAGUCGGCCACGCUGGGAGACGCCUCUGCCAAUCGUGCCGGUUGUCAACAAGAGCUCAGCUGGCCAUCCUCUGUAUACUUUCAAAGCCCAUCUAAGUGACGGAACAUUUACUGUGGCGAGGAAGUCAACCGCCCUGCCACUGUUCUCGACAGAGGGCGCAGCUCCCCUCACCUUUGCCGACCAGUUUCUACAGCUCUCCACGGUCCUCCCCUCACACUUCAUCUACGGCCUGGGAGAGCACCUGGACGGCCUGCUGCUGGACACAUUCUGGAAGCGUCGAGUGCUCUGGAAUGCCGACCAGGUGCCAGAGUCAGGGCAUAACCUGUACGGCAGCCACCCCUUCUACCUCAGCAUGGAGCCAUCGGGGGAGGCUCACGGCGUCUUCCUUCUCAACUCAAAUGCCAUGGACAUAGUGCUCCAGCCCCUGCCGGCCCUUACCUACAGGGUCAUAGGAGGGGUGCUGGACCUGUAUGUGUUCCUGGGGCCCACUCCCAAUGAUGUGGUGCGGCAGUACACAGAGGUGGUUGGCAAGCCCUUCCUGCCACCCUACUGGUCCCUGGGCUACCAUCAGUGCAGGUUUGGCUACGGGUCCACCGAGAAAACACGGGAGGUCUGGCAGCGGACACGGGAGGCCGGGAUACCCUUUGACACUCAGUGGAACGAUAUUGAUUACAUGAAGGACCACAAUGACUUCACCAUUGACCCAAAGAACUUCAAGGACCUGCCAGGCUUUGUCAAGGAGAUACACCAGGCCGGCAUGCAUUAUGUCCCAAUCAUCGACCCCGGCAUCAGUGCCUCAGAGCCUCCAGGCACCUACAUCCCCUGGGACGAAGGCCUACACCUGGAGGUCUUCAUACAGAACCACACCAAUCUGCCAUUCAUCGGCAAGGUGUGGAAUCCAGUGUCGACAGCCUGGCCAGACUUCAUGCACCCCCUCGCCACCUACUACUGGGGCCGACAGAUGCUGCGCUUCCACAACACACUGCCCUUUGACGGAGCCUGGAUCGACAUGAACGAGCCCUCAAACUUCUGGUCUGGGAGUCACAAUGGAUGUCAGCAGAACAACUUGGAGCAUCCGCCCUUCCUCCCGGCAGUGGUUGGCGGCUCUCUCUUCUACCACACAGUCUGCAUGUCAGCCAGGCAGUACAUUGGGCUCCACUACAACCUCCACAACCUGUACGGACUAUCAGAGACGAUUGCCACUAAUGCAGCCCUGCAGGUUGUGAGGGGCAAGCGGCCAUUCAUCAUUUCCCGCUCGUCCUUCCCCGGCCAGGGCCACUAUGGGGGCCACUGGACAGGGGACGUGUGGUCCGACUGGUUCAACAUGUGGCAAUCCGUUGCAGGGGUCCUCAACUUCAAUCUGUUUGGGGUGCCGAUGGUUGGGGCGGACAUCUGCGGCUUUAACGGCAACACCACUGCCAACCUGUGUAUGCGAUGGAUGCAGCUGGGCGCCUUCUACCCCUUCUCACGCAACCAUAACACUGACGAUGCUAGGGAGCAAGACCCCGUUGCCCUGGGUGAGCGGGUGGUGGAGGCUGCCGUCAAGGCCCUCACCCAGCGGUACACACUCUUGCCGUACCUCUACACCCUCUUCUUCAACGCCCAUCUGACAGGGGAGCCGGUAGCCAGGCCCGUCUUCUUCCAAUUUCCUGAAGACGAGAGAACCUAUGCCUUGGACACACAGUUCCUUUGGGGUCCUGCAGUCAUGGUUGUCCCUGUGUUGAGAGAGCAUGUGACCAAAGUUGAGGCUUAUUUGCCAGGAGGCCUAUGGUAUGAUUGGUAUGCAGGGAGUGUGGUGGAGAGGGAGGAGGAGGAGGAGGAGGAAGGCUCGUACGUCACUUUGCCAGCACCUUACGACACCAUCCCAUUGUUGGUCUUGGGAGGGAAUGUUCUGCCCACUCAUGUCCCGGGCAACACUACAGAACAGAGCCGUGCGUUGGGUCACGGGCUGGUCGUUGCCCCGGACAGCCAAGGCCAGGCCCAAGGUCAGCUGUACUGGGACGAUGGGGACUCCUUAGACACAGUGAUUAGGCAAGCCUUCACCCACGCCCUCUUCAGGAGUAAGCCGGGCAUGUUGAGGGUGACCUGUGCCCUCAAAGGUUACGCUGCACCUCUGACUUUGCGCUACAUAAGAAUACUGAACGUCCCCAAAAAGGUUACUGGAGUGGUGGUUGCAGGAAAGUCAGUGACGACAUACACCUACGACUCUUCCAGCAAGGUACUGUUGGUCAAGGAGCUCAAUCAGUCUCUUCUGCAGAACUUCACGGUAACAUGGCAGUUCUGAAGAGUUUAUGAACAAGUGUGUAUGUGUGUGUGUGUGUGUGUGUGUGUGUGUGUGUGUGUAUUUCACCAUGGCCUGAUCAUGAGUUGGACUUGCAAUCACCAGUAAGUACUCUCCCGAUUAGAGCAAGACUCAUUUGUGGAUCUCUGGGUACUGCCAGGACCUCACCCACCUCAUGCCCCUUGCUCAAGGGGGGACAGUAACCACUCCUAGUCAGCAGAAAAAACCUGGUCUGAGCGGGGCUCGAACCUCUGCCUGCCACACCCUGAAGCUGGCAGCGCAGUGCUUAAAGCAACUGAGCUAUCGGAGCGGUGUCACAGUGACUCAUUUUAAACUGUCGACAAACUCAUCUAAGUUACAAAAGUUACAAGAUUCUCAAAGCAGCAACUCAUUUUAAAAUGUCGCCAAUCUCAUCUUACGUUACUCUCUAAGAAAGCCUGAAGAUACUUGAAGCGAUGACUUCCUUUCAACCAUUGCCCUUUAGACCUUUCUUACUGUGACCUGGUGGUUGUGUUUACAUGUUAGCCUCACCAUGCAUUGCCCAGCCUCUUGACAGCCCAGACUUAACAGCUGUUUGCCUCCCAAUGUUAGUAUGUAUUCACACAUUUGUAAUGGGAGAAAUAAUAACCCAGUGAAUAGUCUAUCACAACCCAAUGCUUUGCUUUACUUUACUGAGGAGAUUAAAGUAUGAGUGUGUGUGUAUUUACCUAUUUGUAGUAUACAGGGCCUGAGUGUGUGUGUGUGUGUGUGUGUGUGUGUAUACCUAGUUUAUCUGGUUGUGAUAUUCAAGAAGUGAGCUACAUUUGAGGUGGUCCCAACUCCAAGUCUCAGUUUAUCAGGUCUAGUUUUAAAUUCUUAGAUAUUUUUGGCUUGAAAUAUCUUGUUUUUGAGUGUGUGUGUGUGUGUGUGUGUGUGUGUGUAUCUAGUUGUAUUUACUCAAUUGUGAUAUAGAGUAAGUGAGAAAGUGUCUGUGAUCUGGGGCAUAAUCACUUAUAGUAUUGAAUGGUGGCUUUAUUCAAGGUCUGUUAGUGUUCACCGAUCCACCCAAAUGUUCCGACACACGAACACUUCAUUGACAUUUUCUCCAACCACUGUACGAUGCACUAAAGUAAAGACACUGUAUUAGUAAACCACAUAUGCCUAUAGUUCAGUAGGGACAGCAGCCUUGAACCUAAAGCAGCUGCUGUCGAUACAAGGAUAGAAGUCACACCGUAACUAAAGUCCAUAUUCUUAAACGUCUCGGGCUCCCACUACGUCUAUUUCCCAAGGCCACAGGGAAGAUUAACUGGGUUUUCAUGGCUGGUGUUUUCUCGUUCAAGGUGCAGAGGAAGUGUAAAGCUAUCUCCAGCAUCACUCUUAUCUCUGUUUGUUUGUAUCUAUAUCUGUCUUUUUCAACAUAUCAGGCUCCCACUUCGACUGUUUCCCAAAGACACAGAGAAGAUUAACCGGGUUUUCAUGGGUGGUGUUUUCCCGUUCAAAGUGCAGAGGAAGUGUUAAACUAUCACUCUGUAUCUCUGUAUAUCUAUAUCUGUCUUUUAAAACGUAUCAGGCUCCCACUACGUCUAUUUCCCAAGGCCACAAGGAAGAUUAACCGGGUUUUCAUGGGUGGUGUUUUCCUGUUGAAGGUGCAGAGGAAGUGUUAACCCGGUAACAGCAGGGAUCGUGUUUCUUAAUGGUCCCUCUAAGCGAGAAAAAUGAGAAAAAAUCACCUCUCACACAAACCAGUUCAUAAUAUAUAUCGAAGCAUUUGUGAUCAGUUUAUGCAUCAUCUAUUUUUGGGGGUUUAUAUCCAUGGAAAGCCCAGCAACUUACAUGAGAGGCUUUUCAAGCAGGCGAACUGAGGUGCCAAGACGUUUAAGAAUACGAGCUUUAAACUUACAAAGCUUAUUCUGAUAGAGGAACUUUUCUGAACAGUAAUAGAUAGAGAAAUAUAUAUUGUGGCUCUCCGUGGGUCUUUGUAAUUUUGUCAGUUGUUUCCCAUUUACUCAAAGUCAUUCUAGCCUGAGUUUGAAGCCAUAAUAUCUUAACAAACACUUUUAGCAACAACUUUGGGUGUCGUUUCAACGUAGUUCAUAAUGGAAAACAACUCACAUGAUUAUACACUCUCUUUAUGGUACAUGUUAUUAACCCGGUAGCAGCGGGGAUCAUGUUUCUUAAUGGUCCCUCCAAGCGAGAAAAAUGAGAAAAAAUCACCCCUCACACAAACCAUUUCAUAAUAUACAUAUCAAAGCAUUUGUGAUCAGAUUAUGUAUCAUCUACUUUGGGGGAUUUAUAUCAUGGCACAAAUUUGGCCCGUUGCUGCUACCAGGUUAAUGAAAAGCACUUUUUCAAGCAGUUACAAGCACCCCAAUCUGUCCUGCUGCAAACAAUACUUACUGUUAUUUGAUAUAGUAUUCUGCACGCUUGAUGCCAUGAAGUGUGAUGAACAUUUGAGUACAAAGAUGAGGCUACCACCAUGUUGUUACUCAACUAUAGACUUAACUGCACUCAUGGCUUUGUGAUUUUCUGCCAAGUUAAUUAAUAAGCUGUCAAAUUCGUGGCAUUUUAUGCUUAGCUUGUAUUUCUGUAGACUUAAAACUGUUUUUGCAAUAAAUAUAUAACAAUAAAUACAAAUAAUUCUUAUUGGUAUACUUAACUGUACCAUUUAACAUCCAUGGAACUCUAGCUUGUGGCCUCCCAGCACUGCCCUAGACUCUGAGGGUUGGCAGGGCUCUCUGAAGUGCCUUGGUGCUCUGAGAUGGUAUGUUAUGAGGCAGGAAUAAGGUUCACUCACAUUGGCUGCAUGGGAAGGUUAGUACACAUUAAAUUUGUAGUCCUUAUACAUUUUCAUGUGUCCAUUAUUAUAUGUUUUGUAGCUAAUUUCUUGGACUCAGUAUAAGAGGUGGGGAUAAGACUCUAAAGCAGAGCUGUGGAGUUGAAGUCAAGCCAGUCUCUCUCUCUCUUGAGUAGUCAUUAUGACACACAUACAGUGCAAUGGAAAAUCACUUUUAUAUAAUUAUUUGCUUUGCAUCAUCUGAUUUAUGUAUUUAUUUAUUUAUUUUUUAUUUAUUGAUUUUUUUUUUAUUUUUACAUUUGGCCUAUGGUGCCGGUAGUCUUUCUUGGUGAAGCCUGAUGGUUGGCCCCAGCCUGUUAUAGCACAGGCACAAGCAAGUGUUUAUAGAGGCACCAUCUUGCUUGGCUUGUGCUACCCCCUGGAGGUCAUCAUUGACCCUCUCUCUUAUAGAGAGAAUCCAGAGUCUGUGUUGAUAGGUGGUCCUCAGGACAGCAUGUGAGUAAUCUUGGGCCACUCAGCGGUGACUGAAAAAUCCUUGCUUGUGGCAGUGGGUUGGAUGCGAACCUGCCUCCUCCUGGAUGCAGCACCGGCACGCUUACCACUCAGCCACCACCUCCCUAAUACUAGUACUAAAAAUAUUAGUAAAUGUGUGUUGUAUGUUGUGGUGGGAGUCAAUGAGAGCCAGGACAUCACCCGUAUGACUUUUAUACACAUCUUAAACCUUCCCCAAAGUAUACAUUCUAAGUACGUGGCACCAACAAGAACAGAAACAAGGAACAACAUAACACUUAAUAAAAGAGUAUCAAGGAGCCCCUCCCUCCCUCUAGAGCUCCUUCUGUGUCUAGUUUGAGGGGGCACCGAGGAGAGGUGUCCAGGCCUCCACCCUUAGUUAGCCCCUCCUAGUGAACACAAACAUGUACAAUACAAAACACAACAGUCACCCUGAUCAUAUAAUAGUAAAUGGAUUAUAUUUUUGUUCAUCUAACAAAUGUUCGUAAAAUUGAGCAAGUAAACUGUGCACAGCCAUUUGCAGAUGGAGACACUGAUCCACCUUCCUUGAAACUCAUUGUGGAUAGUGGAAGGGAAGGAAGAGAGGGAAGAGGAAGAGGAGGAGGAGGA